ACUAGAGAGGAAUUUCGGAGUGCAAUUUCCGGAAGAACUGAUGGUACAUUGGAUUUACAGAACGGAGCUGCUAAUUGCUGUAAAUUCAAUCGCUGGGGUACACUAGUGGCCGUGGGAAGCACCGAUGGACGAGUAUUCAUUUUUGACUUUGUCACGAAAGGUAUAGUGAAGACAUGGACAGCUCAUGCUCUACCCAUUUCCUCAUUAUCGUGGUCUCGGGAUGGCAGAAAACUGCUCACUGCUUCCGCAGAUACUACCGUUGCCGUGUGGAACGUUAUUGAAGGUGCCAGCAUGUACAGAUUAAAGUAUUCAGCGAUGGUCACUUCUGCUGUGUUCAAUCCACGAAACGACAAUCAAGUGUUGGUAUUGCAACUGAAUUAUCCUCCCUGCCUCGAUGAGCUUGAGCCACGGUCUCAACGCAUUAUUACCAAUGAUAUCCCCGGUGCUGUUGAGGAUGGCGUUUCUGCUAUAGCAUUUGACCGCAGAGCCAACUACCUUAUCACCGGAACAAACAAAGGAAAACUCAUUGUGUACAAUGCAAAGACUCUGAAAAUGGUGUCAUGGGGAAGGCAAAACAGUGUACAGCAGGUUAAGCAAAUUGUCAUUCCAAGGAGAGGCAAUUUUAUCAUAACAAACUCACAGGACCGCAUUAUACGAACAUUUGAUUUAAAUGACAUUUUGGAUUGUCAAAAUGGCUCCACAAUUGAGCCAAAGCAUCGUGUCACAGACAUCGUUAAUAAGGGCGAGUGUUUGAUGGAUGUUCAGUGGCAUCCUAUUCGGCCGGUUAUACUAUCCGUUGCUAAUGGCAUGGUAUCGGUGUGGACUCAGGCUCACGUUGAGAACUGGUCUGCAUUUGCACCAGAAUUCACUGAAUUAGAAGAAAAUGCGAAAUAUGAAGAGAAAGAGGGGGAGUUUGAUCUAGAGGAUGAAGACGCUGAAGUGGACGAUAAAGCUAAUUCACAG